UUAUGCACAUCACAUUGCUCUGCUGUUUAUAGUCUGUUGGUUGCCUCUGGAGGUUCAUUCUUGGCACAAUGAGGUUUGAAGAUGUCCUGGCUGAAGUGGGUGUUUUUGGCAAGUUUCAGAUCGUGUCUUUGAUCAUCCUUUGCCUCCCCAGAUUAAUUCUGCCUCUUCAUUUCCUCUUGCACAUUUUCAUCUCAGCCGUUCCCCCUCAUUACUGUGCCACUGGGGCCAUGAGGGCAAUAGAGAAUGGAAGCCAGAAGAGCCCUCUUUACAUUUACAUCCCUAAAGAAGCAGAUGGUUCCUACAGCUCAUGUAAGAUGUAUGCUCAGCCCCAGACACACUUGAUGUUCAACAGAUCCAGGCAGGACAUUAACUCAACAGUGGUACAGAACUGUGACCAGGGCUAUGUGUUUGAUACAUCCACAUACACCUCUACAACUGUCACACAGUGGGACUUGGUAUGCGAGAAGAAGGGACUAAACCAAGCAUCUGCCACUUUCUUUUUCAUCGGUCUGACCGUGGGUUCAAUCAUCAGUGGAUAUCUGUCAGACAGGUUCGGUCGCAGGAAGAUUUUGCUCCUGUCCUUCCUGGGCAGCACACUUUUUGGAGUCAUGUCUGCCCUUUCUGUGUCCUUUGUGAUGUUCUCCAUCAGUCGGCUGCUCUGCGGGGUCGGACUCAUGGGAAUGACUUUGAUAUCUGUCACAUUAGCCUUAGAGUGGACAGAUGCAGCUCAUCGCACCUUCUGUGGCACCAUAAGCAGCCUGUCCUGGACUGUGGGCUACAUGCUGCUGGCUCUGAUGGCCUACUUGAUCAGGGACUGGCGCUGGCUGUUAAUGGCAGUUACCUCCCCCUGCCUGCUUGCUAUUGCCACAUGGUGGUGGGUUCCUGAGUCUGCCCGCUGGCUCCUCACUCAGCAAGAGACCGCAGAGGCACAUAAAUACCUCUCCCAAUGUGCAAAGAAGAAUGGGAAGCAAGAUUUCAGCCAGAUUAUGUCUCCUGAGGCUCUGCAGAAGUUGGUCACCGUGGAGAGCAGACGCUACAACUUCUGGGACCUAGUAAAGACUCAAAAGCUGAGAAAGAACACGCUGUGCCUGGGGAUCAUGUGGUUUGGCGUCUCAUUCAGUUAUUACGGGAUCAGCUUUAAUGUGAGCGGCUUCAGCCUCAGCCCGUUCCUCACUCACUUUAUCUUCGGUGUUAUCGAGAUCCCAGCAAAGCUCUCUGUGUUCCUGCUGCUGGAUCGAAUAGGGAGGAAGCUCUGCCAGGGGGGGUCCCUGGUCCUGACCGGAGUAUUCAUAGCGCUCACCAGCCUCACGCCAAAAGAGUUCUACAACACGCGGUCGGUGGUCGCUAUACUUGGAAAGGGAUUCUCAGAAGCUGCUUUUACCACGGCUUUUCUUUUUACCGCUGAGCUGUACCCUACUGUACUCAGACAAACUGGACUUGGUUUCUGUUCCUUCAUGACCCGUCUCGGUGGUUCAGUGGCUCCCCUGGUGAUUUUGCUGGAGGAUGUGUGGGUGCAUGUUCCCCCCGUGAUGUACAGUGUCAUAGCCAUUAUCUCCGGAGGGGUGGCUUUCUUGCUAACAGAAACAUCACACCUCCAACUACCGGAAACUGUCUUGGAUGUAGAAUUUGUCAGAAACAGAAGUGUCCCUGUUACAUCAACCGAUGGAGACAUUUCACAGGGUCGACUUAAAUGUAAAACAGCUGCAACUCACUCUCCUAUUGGUACAGAUGCAGCGAGUGAUCCUAUUGGUACAGAUGCAGCGAGUGAUCCUAUUGGUACAGAUGCAGCGAGUCCUCCUAUUGGUACAGAUGCAGCGAGUCCUCCUAUUGGUACAGAUGCGAGUGAUCCUAUUGGUACAGAUGCAGCGAGUGAUCCUAUUGGUACAGAUGCAGCGAGUGAUCCUAUUGGUACAGAUGCAGUGAGUGAUCCUAUUGGUACAGAAGCAGUGAAUGAUCCUAUAGGUACAGAAGCAGUGAAUGACCCCACUGCUGGUUGUCUGUGCAACACCAGAUAUGUGCAUCAGCCUGAGGGACCACUUACAGCAGAAGAUACUCCAGUUGGCAAUGCAUCCACUAAUGACGCCUUGAAAACGGAGAGUCAAUAACUAAAGACUGCACAACAUGUUGCUUGAACCUUAAUCCCCUAUCACAGACAGCACUGUUGUAUUUCCUUAUCUUCUCUCUCUCUAGGGGUUAAAACUGUGGUGCUUUAAAAACAAGUGAUUUGUCCUUGUUCAUUCAUUUUAUGUUUUAAACAUUGUCUUAAUACUG